UUUCCAUGUGACAAAUGUGCCUUCAAAUGCGACACGGUUACUGUUUGCGAAUGCGAUGCGUCAAGGACUGCAGUCUGGAAAGAUAAAGCGUCUGCUAGCAGGUGGUGGAACAGCAGGGCUUCUGGAAGCUGUAGAAGGCACGGACACCACGACCGCAGUUGAUGACACUACUCUGAAGAAAAAGAAGCGUGUAACCCAGCCUACCAAAGAUUUGCAGGUUUCUUUCACAUAUUCCGCUCUGGCUAAUGCUUCUGCGGCGAUGGCAGAUGAAGGCUGGUGCGCGUUCCGUGUGAGCGUGAUCAUCCCAGGAGACGGUGCAGGUGGUGCGCUGGCUUUACUGAAAAGUGCUGGGGCAGCGAGUACAGUGCGCGCAAUUGAAGAAAUCGGAGGAGGGUCCGAAAACCGUUGCAACCGCAGAGCUGGAAAAAAACUCAGCGCACCGCGUGAAGAGGAACUGCGGAUAUGUUUAGAGAAUACUGAAUCCACUCUUCCUGUGAGCCUUCGUGGCACGCCUGCUCUGAUAUUGCGCGACCUGGAUGAUCAAUUGAGUGUUUUAGCCGUUGGAGAUGGUAUUAAAAGCAAAGCUAGUCUUCAAUAUCGACCGGUGUUUCCUGCGUGCCUUGGGCAAUCAAAGCUG